AUCUGCGGGCGGCGUCGACGGCGGCGUCGGAGGCGUCGGCGGCGGCGUCGGCGGCGGCGGAGGCGGCAGCAGCAGUAGUGCGCGAGCUGCGGGCGCGCCCGGGCCCGCCUGUGCCGUGCGUGACGUGUGCGCGUGCUGCCCGGCCCGGACCGGCUCAGCCUGCGCCCUGCACAGGAUACCUCCCACGCGCCUGAGCGCAGCUGUCCCACUGCAAAUGCCACCAGCCGUCUCAUCAAGCCAAGGAUGUGAAUGAAGACAGCCAGAAGCCAGUGCCGGAGCGGCAGCCCCUGCUGUUGGUGAAGCUCGGCGGGCUCUGUGGCGGUGCGACCCCCUGGUGCCGCAUGCUUCGCCACUGCCCAGGCUCUCCCGGAUGGUGGUAGCGCGAGUGGACGGGUGGCGGGCGCCGGAGCGGCCGGCCUGAUAGCCAUGGCAGCAGCAGCAGCAGCAGCAGCCGCUCAGCCGCCAGCAUGGUGCGCCCCGGACGAUGAAGAAGCAAAACGUCCGGACACUCUCGCUGAUCGUCUGCACGUUCACCUACCUCCUCGUUGGAGCUGCUGUCUUUGACGCCCUUGAGUCGGAGACUGAGAAGAAGCGUUGGGAAACUCUUGAAGAUAUGGAGCAGAAGGUGAUCCGCAAGUACAACAUCAGUGCGGACGACUUCCGCAUCAUGGAGGCGGUGGUGCUCAAGACGGAGCCCCACAAGGCCGGGAAGCAAUGGAAAUUCGCCGGGGCCUUCUACUACGCCACCACCGUCCUCACGACUAUUGGUUAUGGUCACUCGACGCCCAACACGGUGGGCGGCAAACUGUUCACCAUGUGCUACGCCAUCGUCGGCAUCCCGCUGGGACUCGUCAUGUUCCAGAGCAUCGGCGAGCGCCUCAACAAGUUCUCCUCGGUGGUGAUCCGCAACGUGAAGCGGAUGCUGCACUGCAAGAACGAGGAGGCGUCCGAGAUCAACCUGAUCUUCGUGGUGACGACGCUGAGCAGCCUGACGAUCGCGGGCGGCGCGGCCGCCUUCAGCCGCUACGAGGGCUGGACGUACUUCGACUCGGUGUACUACUGCUUCAUCACGCUCACCACCAUCGGCUUCGGCGACAUGGUGGCGCUGCAGAAGGACAAGGCGCUCGAGCGCAAGCCCGAGUACGUCGCGUUCGCGCUCAUCUUCAUCCUGUUCGGGCUCGCCAUUGUGGCCGCCUCGCUCAACCUGCUCGUGCUGCGGUUCGUCACGAUGAACACCGAGGACGAGCGGCGCGACGAGGCGGAAGCUCUGCAGGCGGCGCAAGGCGCGGUGCGGCUGGAGGGCGACGUCAUCACUGCGAACGGGUCCAUCCUGAGCGGGCAGCUGGGCGGCGGCGGCGACGACUCCAGCUCUGGCGGCGGCGACGCGGCGUCGGUGUGCAGCUGCUCGUGCUACCCGCGCGCCUCGGCGGCGCAGCCCCGCUACACGGUGCGCCGCGCGCCCGGCCGCAUCCAGCACCUGCUGCCGCUGCAGCCGCUGGCGCUGGCCACGGGCGCCGUGACGCGCGGCGACCUGCCGCCGCUGCACCCGCACCGCGCCUCUAUCUGACGCCCGCCCGCCGACGCCGGCUCCUGGUGCUACCAGCGCGUCAAGAGCCUGUCGCGCCGCCGCUGGAACUCGGUGCGCUAGUGCAGCCGGCGGCUUCCGUCAGACUCUGGACUGCGCCACUGUCGCUGCGGUUCCGAAGCGAACGAAUACGGCGAAAUCGGUUACAUCUGCUCUCCGUUCGAUACUGACAAACCUCAGCAGUUCCGUUGACGCGGGACCGUACCCGUACGUCUCUACUGCGAAGUGGGAUGACACCACUUCCGUAAAUGGCAACCACAGUUCGGCCAGAAUGAAAGAACACUGUUGCCAAGCUUAUACUGAAUAGCUUUACACGAGAGCUUACCAACAAGAUCUGAAAUAUUCGGGAGGAUCUCUCAUUAAUUUCACAGGUACCGGCGAAACGGUUUCUAUAUUUCGUGACAAUUAGUUCCGCGAACACUCGCUGCUAGUCAGUAAGUGUUACAUGUUCCACUCUUCCUCCGACUGAUACCGAAUAGUACUCUUGAAAUUUUCCCGGCGUAAAGAGUGUUCCGUGAAGUUUCAGGACUGUAGCUGUACGACGUCAACUUCUUGUCGCAGUAUUUUCGCUGACAACCGUCUGGCCAUCUUCCGGUGCAUAUUUUGCACUGGAGAUUGCCAGUUCACAUCAGUAACAUUAUAACAAAAUUUCACGCGGAGACAUAUGUGCAGAUGCAGCUGCUGCACGAGUGACCUGUCUAGUUUUGUACCCUCUUCGAAUAUUGCUCCAUCUACGGCACACGGGCACGUGCAUAACGGCGCUACUUUUUUGCACCCUCUCCGUCAGAAUGCAGGAUUGUGGAACUGUAAUUCAGAUGUCAGAUUAAUAAAUUUAAAUGUCACUGCAUUGGUCAUAAGUCGUAAAAUGUUUCCUUUCUUUCUGAUAUUGAAGAAAUCACUGAGUCCUACACCUUAUCCAGCUGAAAACUGCUUCCACAAUUAACAACAUCUUCCGCUAAACGUAUUUCCACCAAUUCCUUAAUAGCUGAGCAUUGCAUUUUUACAGGACAUUCAUAUUAUUCUGCCACGGAAAUCUUGGACUCAACAAGGUCCUUUUCGGAUUCAGUGGAAAUAUGUUUGAUGGAAGAUUUUAUUAAUAGUGAUAUCAGCUUUCAAAUGGUUAAGGUAUAUGACCCAGCCAUUUCCUUAAUAUCUACAGAAGGAACACAUUUUGUGAGGACUCAGUUAUCUAAUGACAAUUAAUUUCAUGAAUUUGACAUCUAAAUUUUAACUCAGCAAGCCUGCAUUUCAGCAGAAUGUGUGCGUGCAGUACCAGCACCAUUCACGUGCCUGGCACCAUAGAUGGAGCAAUAUCUGAAGAGGGCACAAAGCUCGACAGAGGUUGCCCGUGUAGCAGCUGCCUUCACACGUUGCUCUCUGCAUCAAGUUUUGGUACAAAGUAAACUAGCGAUCUCCAGUGCAAAACACUCUCCUUAAGAUGGCUGAAUGGUUGUCAACCAAAAAAUAAUCACAAGAAGUCAAAAACAUCCAGCUGCAAUCCUGAAACUUCAUUUUAUACUUAACUGAGAUGUACAGCUGUAGGGUGGUGGAGGAUUUGAGCUUUAUUUGUGAAUAUCGUUUUUCCACAGAGACAGGUGGGGGAGGGGGGCAGAUUCUCCAUGGCUUUAUGUCAUCAUCUGUAAUCUGAUCUAAAUUGCUUGUUACUUCAUUAGUUUACACUGUCCACAGCAGCAUCUGAGCAGUCAGCGCAUCUGGCUGCCAUGUGAAGGAUAAUUUGGGAUCAGAUCCUUGUACUUCCACAGAUUUUUUGCUUGUUCUUUGGUGGGAGGACUGGAUUCAAAUGUACACAGCCUUGGCAGGCCAAUUAGUAUACAGCAAGCUCCUGAUGCCAAUACAUUUCUCAAACAUUUUCUGUAAAAAAAUUAAAAAAAAACAAAGUCUGAAAUGUAAUCAGAAUGAAUAUUUUCAUUUAGACUACACUAAUCUCCCAUGUGACUCACAUUUCACUUCUAGAAUAUGUUGCAAGAUCCAAAAACAUUUUUUCAUUGAUUCUCAUAUCUUUUUUGUUAAAUCAGGUUACUCUGCCCUUAUAACAUAUUUCCAGCUAAUUUUCUGUCUGAAUGAUUGCCUAACACUUCCCCUAGAAACUGAAGGUUGAUAAUUUCCAACCUGUUGUUUCUGGUGAGUAACAUGUAACCACUACAGUGUACUUUCAACUGUGACAUAUGGCUUGUUUUGUAAAAACAUUAAACAGCAGUUUCUGAUAAAAACAUGUGUAAAUUGGAUUAUCCUGGUUGUUAGGCUAUCCUGCAGUCUUGGGUCCGUAUUAACACGUAUUAACAUGGAUAAUUGGUAGCCUGAUGUACUUGAAUGAUAAGUAGUGGCUCCAAGGUCUGGAGAGCUUACAAUGGAUGGGGAGUAGUGUGCUGACACGAUACCUCUCCACACCACAGAUUAAUAAUGCUUUGUAGGGAUGACACAACAGCCGAUCAGCUUCACAUGGUCUGUUGUGCCUGACCAUAGAGUCACUUUUUUUAGUUGUCACUGGUUCCUCCAAUCAGAGCUCUCAACAUGACACACAACCUGUUCACCAUUGCCAGUUCACCUUACCAGAGCAUCAGUUCACUUGCAAUCUAUCACUAUCUAAACACAUAAUCCACUAUCUGGUAUUACCGGCACACACUUUUGCUUUUUCACACUCUGUACAAUUAUGUAUAAGAAUCUACAGCUCAAUCAUUACUGGUUUCCUCAUAUUUUAUGUGUGUGUGCACUUUGGUCCACAUUACGUCAUAGCCGACUGACUCGGCAAAAAUUGCACAACUGGUUAUCCCACCUUCUAAACCAUAUUCACCAUGACUCAACAUCUGACAAACUGUUGUCUUUCAGGUAGGAUGGGACCAUUUCCACAUGAGUCAACUACUACAGUUUGAGAAUACAUUGAAUGUGAUGCUAGUCUCUAAAUGAGCACUCAAUACUACCUCUGUCCUCUAUACCAUGUUCAACAUUAGUUUAUAAUCAACAUGUCAUUACCAUUCAGAUGCAAUGAUACCAUUUCCAUACAUGUCAAUGAAGUUGGAAAAGAUGUUAUGUUUAACUUGUCUGUUUAUUUGAAAGUAACCCCAGCAAGAUGCAAAUAAGAUUUGGAACACCUCAGAAGUGUGAUAAUGUCAGCACUGUACAGUGUAUUAGCUGUUAUCUAUCUACACUGCCAAAAAAAGUCUGAAACAAUGCCUAUGAGCUUCUGACUACAGAACACAAUUUUUGCACCUUUGUUUACUCAAAAAAAAAUAUGUUUGUGAAAGAUGAUACCCAAACUUAAUUUUAAAUUGUUUCAAACUGUAAGAAUUGGUAUUUUCUUCUGAACUUCCACAUUUUUAUUUUUAUUCUCUUCUUUAUAAUAAAUUACUUACUGACAGAUAAACUAAAAUAUUAUGGCAUAGGCAAUAAAAGCACGCAUCAGUCAUAUAAUUGACACAGUUACUACAACACAAAUAUUUGCAUUCACAUACACUUAUUGUUUGGAAGCAGUAUUAGAAUCUUAAGAGUAUUUUUUCAUGAGUUUUCACUUCUUCCUGUUGUGCUUCUAGCUGUUUCAUAUGCUAUUAGCUGGUCUUUAUCAUUUAAGGAAGUACUUAUUGAGCAUUUUGCAGGUAGAGUGAGAAGUUGGUUUUGUAAGUGAACAUGCAGGACUGAUAUAAAACAAACCUCACCAUUUAUCCAAAAUAAAAGCUGUUAGUUUAACUUUCACACAGUCUUCUAUUAAUAAAUCUCCAAAACUAAUCUUUAAUAAAGCUUUUGGUUGUUAUUUCUACCUUUUUUUAAAAUAUUGUCUUCAAGUACCCUGGUCAUGUGACAGUUUGAAACCAAAUCAUUUUAAGAAUGUCACCCUUUAGGAAAAGUCCAACAACUGAAACUGUGAAGACAACAUUUUACUUCCUAUUCACUCACUGCUAGUAGUGUAUUUUUUCCCAAACAUAGUUUCCUUCAGUCAUGAAACACCAUUAAUACACUUUGUUCAUAACAAAUGUAGCCACCAUAAAAAGCGAAACACAACACUAUUCAUAACUAAAAACCCUUUUAUGCCACCACAGAAUUUUCAUUUAUUCUUCUCUAAAUUGAAUCUAUGCUCCACUGUUGAUUCAUUUAAAGUGUAGCUGGAACAUCUCUCCAGAAGGAUACAACAUCACAGUAAGUUACAAUAUUAAACAUACAGAACCCACAGAAUAAGCCAUAAGGGGAUAGCAUGUAAAAGUAGUUCCUUCUUCUAGAUGACUCCAAUGUAAUGAGUACCUUGUGCUUUUGACAGUAUUUAUAACUACUCUUAUGGUUUUAAAACCAGUACUUACAAGUAACAGGUAAAAAUCAAGGCUUUUUACUGUCCUUAAAAUUGUAACAAUGAUUUACCUCAGACAUUAUAAAUAACAGGAAGAUAGUCAAUUUAAUGAGCACUUUUGAGCACCUAAUACACAAAAGUUAUAAGCAUCAAUAUCACUUUUAAGAAAUGUUGAGAGUAUUACAAAUCUGCAUUUAUCUGAACCAGUAGCUUCACAUCACUUGAAAUGAAUAUUUAAGCUUUUGAUUUUGGAGAACAAAUCAUCUUGUCACCAUAAAACAUAGUUCAGGAGACAUACAUUAAACUCAGUCAUCCCACAAGAAAAAAGUAUCUUCUCACUUUCUCUUAAUGAACACCAUAACGGAUGUUCUGGAUUGCCGUAGCUGUGCCUAGGAUAAGAUUUGCAUGUAUCACAUUUCACAAUAUUUUCAGUCUUUUGUGAUGCAAUAUCAGUUCUUGAGUUGGCCAAUGUAUAUUAAUUUCCGAGAGAGUUUUGUCUGAUGUUUCUCAGUUGCUGCAUAAGUACUUUCUCACCAACAGCGAAGAAGUGUAAAAAUAAAUCAUUCUUACCAUAAUGUAAAUAAAACUGGUCCUUAGAUACUAUGAAUAACACAUUGUUGAAAACCAAUUUAUGCUGGUGCAAAAGUAUGUGGACAUUCCUCUGCUAAUAUGUAUUUAGUAACUCAAAAACUCCCUGCUAUUAUCAUUACAUAGAUACUGAUGUGACAUGCACAUCCACAGCGAACAUGUUUUAUCUGUUUUAAGCCCAGUAUAAAACACUGAAAUGAUACAUACAGUCAACUACUUUCAUUGUACUGUCUACAUAUUUUUCUUUCUUUUCUUGUACUAUUUUUCCUGAGAUACAGCGAAGAGUGUAAAGCUUCCUGAACAAAUGCAAAUUUUUUAGCUUAUUGUUUUCCCUAAUACCUGGGUAGCUCACAGUAACAUUUCAAACACAAUCAGAUUACUGGAAAUUCAUUUGCCCUGUGUAAAAGAUAAACUAGGCUUAACGGUUUAUUCAUUUCUUAUCAGUGACAAUAAACAUAAAGAACAUGAAUGGAUUUGUGGAAUCAAUAAUACUAAAUGUGUAACAUAAUAAGUGUUUUACUUCUGUUGUGAUACAAGUUUAAAGUGGAGUGGUAACUUUGACCAGUGUUUAAUGACUCAGAGCCAGUCUCUGUUUCUGACAGAUAAUGAACUCCAUCAUUAUGAGUAACAUUGAGAGUGAAGUUGAUUGUGAUUCUUUUUAUUGUGAAACUAGGGACUAAUUUCUUUAUAUACGCAUCAAACACAACAUGCAGGAAGUGUCAGUAGAUGUAUUUUUUGAGGCUGUGUUGUAAAUGAGGUACAACUACUGGUGGCCUUUAAUUUGGUGGCAUCUGUGACUUUAAAUAAAGUGGUGUGUGUGUAUGUGUGUGUGUGUGUGUGUGUGCGUGCGUGCGUGCGUGCGUGUGUCCUUCUUUGUAAUGAAGACUUGUCUGUCUGUGGGAAUUUUCAGCUAUGAUUACUCUUCUUUUUUUCUUUUUGAGGGGUGAUGCUGCUUGCAUUUGUAAAUAAGAAUUGUUCCACUGACUCUCUACUCUUGUAAUUUUAAUAUAGACAAUUACUUGUUUAAUAUUUCACAUAAAUCACUACCUUACUUAUUUCUAAGUAAAUACUCCAUUUAAUUUAAAUUAAUUUAUAAUGUUUUACAUGGCCCUGACCAGUAACAGAAUCUGUACCUGCCUAGGAAUGCAAAAUCUCAAUACAUAAAUAAAUCACAACUGUUGUGAUAACAGAGUACAGUGAUGAUUAACAUUCAUCAUCUAAUACCUGAAUAGAUAACAGUAGCUGACAAGAUUUGCAAUUUUAAACAUUGUGUACACAGGUACACUUUUUUAAGACCAUAUUUUUCAAAAACAGAUACAGUUGAUGCUACAUGUUAGUGAAUUUGUGGCAAGUUUGAGAAAUCUUUUCAUACAGCUCAUGUUUUUGACAAUAUUUACAAUUUCUCAAUCAGGAAACACCUGCCAGUAUAGAGUAUAAAUGUAGGUGCUCUGGCUUCACAUCAAUCCCAAAAUAUCACUAGUAUUUUUCAGCAAUUAAAAGAUGUAAAGCCAUGUUUAUUAAUAAACACUUUUAAUGGUGUUUCACCUGAAAUUGUGGCACAAUCUGUUAAUCCUUUCUUCAGUUAUUAAAAAUAUCACUUUAUUCUGUGUUUAAUACACUUACUGAAAUUUAUUUUAAUUGUAAACAAUUGUUUUAAUAUAGCACUUGUAAAAAGAAAAUACAACCAGCACCACUUCUGUGUGAUUACUGCCUCAGAUUUUUCUUUCCUAAUGAACCAUCAAUGACAAAGUAAGUUAUUUUAUUGGAGAUAAUUGUCUUAAAUUGAUUUUUAAAAUCAUUAAAAAUUUAAUUUAAUAACCAUUGUACUAUAACAUAAAUGAAUGUAUAAAGACUCAGCGGUCAGCAGGUUUAUUUCAGUUUAUUUUUUGACAAAAAAUAUAAAGUCUUGUCACUUUGGAUAAGCUAAAUGUGUAAUUAUUCAUAACAGUGUUUCCCCUGCUCUUUAAUUUAGUUCUUUCACUUUAAAAAAUUCACAUUGUGUUUGUCCUUUUUGAUUGUGUGCUAUGUAUUUACAUUGAUAAAUGAAAAGAGACUAGAAAUUUUGUGAUGAUACAUACUCCCAUCCAAAAUCACAAAAGGUAAAGAUAAGAUUUUUAACAAUGCACCUAAGACAUCAACAGCCUUCGCUUUCUGUUGGAAACAUCUUGCUCCUAUUCAAGCAUCUAUUGAUGGAUAACCAGUGAGAAGAUGAAGCAGUGAGCUAAAAACGCAAAGAAAGUACCAGUGUUGAGCAUCUGACUCCACAGCAUCAGAUAAAAAUGUCAAAGAUCAAUUGGCUAAUGAAUUUGCUAUUAUAGGAAGAAAUAGCAGAAUAUUUUAUAACUAACUCUAAUGUUCUGGUCAAAGGAUCACUGCACACUGCUUCACUAUCUUCUCCAUGAAGUGUUUUGAAUUUUGCAUUGUAGGUCAGCUAUGUAAUUUAAAACUGUUCUUUGUGAAGUUGUGCAGACCCAUCUUCACAAAAAUUGAGUAUUUCUUUCUCCUAGCCUCUCAGCAUUUUUGUUCCAUCUGUGGCUGGAAAUUUUACAUGAGAAAAGAAAAACAUUUCAUCCUAACAAUAAAAUACACAUGUUAUUCUCACAAAGUAUUCAUUCAUACAGUCACCUGUGUGUCACAAAAAUUCAACACAUUUGAGUCGUGCUUGCUCAUUUAAUAGUAAUUUGUUACUAUUUUUAUUGAGGCUUUUGUAAAGUGCAAGAGGUGUUAAUAUACUUUAUCGAUGGAAUGGAAAUUAAAUUAAAAUGGAAAUAAUUCCUGUUUUUCCUGGUUAUAGAACUUUGUUACAUUUUCAUUACAUGCAAUGAAUAACAUAUAUUUCCACAAUUCUUUAUUUUUCAGACAUUAAUUUUGUAUCACUGCACAUACAGUACUUAAGAAUAUUUUCUCAGAAAUUCAUUCUAAGAUCUAAGGAAUUUUCACAAGGCAUUCUACAUAAUGCUUAAGUGAUGCUCUACAUCAAAGUGUUACUUGAAGCUAAGGAAAUAAAAAUCUUACAAAGUUUCA